CUGCGUGACAUUUCAAUGGACCAAUCAUUGGCAGAGGGCUGAUUGAGUCUACUUCCCUACGCUGGACUGGCGGAGGGAAGAUAGACGGACGGAGAUCUGGCUCAGAUAUCUCACCGUCACUGUCAGAUCGCCAUCGAGAGACCCGUCGAGUUGUCCUUCCGACCCGGUCAGAGGUUCUGCCGCACGGAGAUGGCCGGUAUUUUGGCGUGGUUUUGGAACGAGAGGUUCUGGCUCCCUCAUAAUGUAACCUGGGCUGACUUAAAAAACACAGAGGAGGCAACGUUCCCGCAAGCCGAGGAUCUGUAUCUGGCGUGUCCUUUGGCGUUCUGCAUCUUUAUGAUACGGCUGGUUUUCGAAAGGUUUAUUGCAAGACCAUGUGCAAUGGGUCUGAAAAUCCAAGCUAAUGGGCCACAGAAAGCACAGCCUAAUGCUAUCCUGGAGAAGGUUUUCACCGCUAUAACCAAGCACCCAGAUGAGAAGAGGCUGGAGGGUUUGUCCAAGCAACUCGACUGGGAUGUGCGAACCAUUCAGCGAUGGUUCCGACAACGCCGCAACCAGGAGAAGCCCAGCACGCUCACUCGAUUUUGUGAAAGCAUGUGGAGAUUCACAUUCUAUUUAUACAUAUUUACCUAUGGAGUCCGUUUCCUCAAAAAGACUCCGUGGCUGUGGAACACUAAAGAGUGCUGGUACAACUACCCUUACCAGCCGCUCACUGUGGACAUCCAUUAUUACUACGUAUUGGAGCUGUCCUUCUACCUGUCCUUACUCUUUUCUCAAUUCACAGACAUCAGGAGGAAGGAUUUCCUGAUCAUGUUCCUGCACCAUCUGGCAACAAUCUCACUUAUCACCUUUUCCUACGUGAACAACAUGGCACGAGUGGGAACGCUGGUCAUGUGUCUGCACGAUGCAGCCGAUGUGCUGAUCGAGGCUGCGAAGAUGGCCAACUACGCCAAAUGUCAUAUACUAUGUAACCUCCUGUUUGCGAUGUUUGCGAUUCUCUUCAUAAGUUCCAGACUGGGAGUUUACCCUGUCUGGAUUUUAAACACCACGUUGUUUGAGAGUUGGGAGAUAGUAGGGCCCUACCCGUCCUGGUGGGUGUUCAACCUGCUUCUGAUCCUGCUGCAGCUUCUUCACUCCUUCUGGUCCUACCUCAUAGUGAAAACGGCAUGCCGAGCUGUCUCCAAAAGAAAGGUGGGAAAAUGGAAUCCUGUACAUGUGUCUAAAGACGACCGCAGUGACAUAGAGUCCAACUCUGAUGAGGAUGACAGUCCUCUGCCCACUCAGAAGCACCACAACAGUGCCACCAAUGGGACCAACAAAGGUCAUGGCACCAAUGGCUAUCUGACAGGAGCCCCAUGCCCGGAUGAACACUGAUGGAGCCAAUAUCACAACAGUGGAGCCAUGCUGCAGACACCAUCCAUUAAUGUGUGCGCGCGCGCGCGUGUGUGUGUGUGUGUGUGUGAGAGAGAGAGAGAGAGGGAGAUGGAGACACGAACAACAUUGCCCAUGUGCUACUGGAAGUUCUUGGUAGAUUCAUGCAAAUGCAUUUGUUUAUUCUUAUCCAUUUCUUCAUACAACUUCUUAAACUCUAUAUUUGCAUCAUACUGCAGUCAGUUAAAUAAACACCCUACUGGUGGUACAACCCACUCUCUGUUUAGCCAGUGAAAGAAUUUCACUUCAUGGUGUAGGCAUGCUACAAAAACACAGUAAUCUUGCAUACUGGGGGUGUUUUUUAUGUUGGUGUCUUUAUGUUAUUUUUAUAUGUAUGUCUACAUAUGACAAUGCAAUGUCUGACCUCUGUUUGGAUCAGAGUUACAUUUAAAUCAUCUGGAUCAAUGAUUAUUUUUCACACCGCACAUCAUGUAAAGGAGUAUUGGCAGAAUUCUGAAGGUCUGGGUUUGAUGCUACACCCCCAAAGACACG